UACGUCACGGAUGUUGCGUACCUCUACCUACCACAGACUUGUGUACCUACUGUUAAGUCCUCUGCACCCAAAACAACGCCCCAACUACCCAUUUUCUUUAACAUAUAUCCAUAAUAUCAUUUAAUAUCGGGCUAUUAUUCAUCAUGAAGUCCGUGACAGACAUUGUUACACUCGAUAACUUCGCUUCAAAAAUGUCCCCAUGGGAUCCCAACCUCCCCAAUCACCUGUACGCAUUAGUUGACAUGGGAAGCAAUGGAAUCCGGUUCUCCAUAUCAGAUUUGUCGCCGUCUUACCCCCGCCUUUUGAAGAGCCUGUAUCGAGAGCGUGCCGCUAUCUCUCUCUUUGACGCGCUCAACGAGUCAUCUUCGUUGGGUUCUCCUGAGUUCUCUCCAGAAGUGAUUGCUCGUGUUUCGCGGACUCUCGCCCGGUUUAAAUCUAUAGCCGUCGACUUUGGUGUGCCAUCCGAACAUGUCUCUGUCUUCGCCACAGAGGCUAUGAGAAAGGCGAGCAAUGCAGCAUCAAUGUUGGAUGCAAUCUUUGCUGAAUCUGGCCUCGGUGUUCAUGUUCUGGCACCUGAAGUCGAAACGUUAUUCGGUGCCAUGGGAGCGAGGAGUGGCUUUGCUACUGUCAACGGAUUAUUUCUGGAUCUGGGAGGCGGGUCUGUUCAGAUGACGUAUAUGAACUCAGACAUGCAAGACUAUGAAUUCCAAGCUGCCAAAACAGGGAAAAGUCUUCCAUUCGGUGCGGCAAGGCUGAUUAACAUUCUUGAAAAAAACGACGUCGAAGUCAAAACCGCAGCCCUAGAUGAGCUCAAAAUAGGAAUGCGGGAUGCAUUUGUCAGACUACAGCAGGAAUUCCCCGCAUUGAGAGACACCCAGGCCAGCCCAAACGGCAGUGGCGUUGACAUCUACCUUUGUGGAGGAGGCUUUAGGGGCUACGGCAGUAUUUUAAUGCACAGCGACCCUGUUCAACCCUAUCCAAUUCCAGCCGUAGGUGCAUACACAGUCAAGGGAUCCUUUUUCUGUCAGACAAACACCAUGCGGAAGACAAAUGCCGAAUACGAUGGCAAAAUAUUCGGAAUGUCAAAGCGACGACGGAGGCAAUUUCCUGCCAUUGCCACCGUCGUUGACGCACUCGUCGGUACCAUCCCUCGUAUUCGUACGGUGACUUUUUGCGGCGGCGGAAAUCGCGAGGGCGCGUUAUACAUGAAACUUCCUCUAAGCAUUAGAGAAGCUAGUCCUCUGACAAUAUUACAUUGCGGCAAUGAUGUAUCUACCCUAACCCUGGACGCCGUCGUUAAAACGAUACAGUCUGCUUUACCUUCAAAUGUGGACUAUUCGAAUAUUCCAACGGUUUUUACUCUAGGACUUGGGCUACUUUUUUCCAGCGAGAUAUGGUCAAGAAGUGGGGAACCUAGUGAAGCUAACGCUUCAUUUCAGCUACAUCAUGCCCUUGACCGUGAUCCUAGUGUUCCUGGGUUUAGCCAUCUAGCCCGGUGUGUACUUGGCCUUACCCUCUGCUUCAGAUGGGGUGCUACAAUCGGACCGGCUGAUCAGCAGUUAUUCAUCAGUCUACAGAGACUUGUUCACCAAGUGAAUACAGAAGCAGUCUUCUGGGCAGAAUAUAUCGGAGAAGUUGCGCGCUUGCUUUUUCAACUCUUACCCAGAAUGCCGAGGAACCAGGAUCAGCUCAGGGAUACAGUUAGAUUUGACGCGAAGGUUAUCAAUGGCAAAAAUAAAUCAAAGAUCCAGCUCACCAUAUCAUUGAAUCCAGCUUUAUACCAUAUUUUGGACGAUCAGAUCACCGAUUCAUUCAAUAAAGUUGGGAAGCUGAGAGAAGGUGCUAAAGAGCCUUGUCACAAAGUUGCAGUCUUUGUGCGGGUCAUGGAAUCGUAGUGCUUCAUCGUGUAAAGCACCUCCUUAAGACUGCUCCACACUCAACAACGAUAUGCAUAUUUAUGGCUCUGUUGUUUGUAGCAACCUAUACGACACAUGAAAACUUUAACAGGUAUAUUCAAGAUUCGAUACCAAAACUAAGUGAAGAACAACAACCACAGAAGCAUCCCCAGGCCUCUAUAGAUUUGCCCUAUCACCUCGAAGUCUGAAUUCCAUACCGGGUGUUCGUGCUGCAUAAUCGUAGCUUCGUGAUUCGGAGGCAAACGUAUACUCAAAAGAAAACAACUGGGUAUCUCCACUAUGACCGAACUCCUUUACUCCAAUCCUUGAUCUCAUGUCUGUUCAUGGUACAAACAUCACACCCUGGGUUCAAAACGUCCCAGUAACAAGAAACAAUUACAACAAAGGGAAAGAAAUGUAACGAUCGGAAACCAA